CGCGAGGAAGGGACUAAGUUCAGAUAUAGUCCUGGGAGGCUGUGGCCCCGCGGGCACGACACACCCCCAGCGGGCGUGUUAAAUAAUGAGUUAAAUUACCUGAACCACACGCAUUUCCGGGGACCGCUCCGGGCAUCCUAGCUUGAGGGUAGGGUGGGCGGAGGUCCCUAAGGGAGAGGUGGGACUCUGGCUGAAUCCCUCGUUGGGGGGCAUCUGAGUCAAGCGUCUUCCCCAGCUACACAGUCACGGGGAGGCCCUCGCGGAUUGGGCAGGAGCUAAGUUCGAAGCCGCGCCCAUCCUGGGAGGUUGGACUUGCGGGAAUGCCUUAAGUGGAGGAGGAUUGAGGCUUCAGUCCCGCACCUUUCUCGGGUCACGGCCUCCUCCUGGCUCCCAAGACCGCACGAUAGGCAGAGGCAGGCCUUCCUACACCCUACUCCUGUGCCUCCAACGCCGACUAGACCCUAGCACUCGGAGUCUCCGAGGUCACUUCACCGUGGUCUCUGCCUCACUCUUCGCGCUGGACCACUGAGGGGAGAGGGCUGGGGCGCUCCGCUGAGCCACCCCUGUGCCUCCGUGGCCUUGUGCACCUCUCACCUCCCGGGGUGUUAGUGUCGAGGUCACCCCAGCAUCCUACCACCUCCUGGUGGCCUUGCCGCCCCCACAACCCGGAGGUAUAAAGCCAGGUACACGAGGCAGGGGACGCACCAAGGAUGGAGAUGCUCCAGGGGCUGCUGCCGUGGCUGCUGCUGAGCAUGGGCGGGGCACGGGCAUCCAGGGAGCCGCUGCGGCCACUGUGCCGCCCCAUCAAUGCCACCCUGGCUGCCGAGAAGGAGGCCUGCCCCGUGUGCAUCACCGUCAACACCACCAUCUGUGCCGGCUACUGCCCCACCAUGAUGCGGGUGCUGCAGGCGGUCGUGCCGCCGGUGCCCCAGGUGGUGUGUACCUACCGCGAGGUGCGCUUCGACUCCAUCCGGCUCCCUGGCUGCCCGCCUGGCGUGGACCCCGUGGUCUCCAUUCCUGUGGCUCUCAGCUGUCGCUGUGGACUCUGCCGCCGCAGCACCUCUGACUGUGGGGGUCCCAAGGACCACCCUUUGACCUGUGAUGACUCCCACCUCCAGGCCUCCUCUUCCUCAAAGGACCCUCCCCCCAGCCCUCCAAGUCCAUCCCGACUCCUGGAACUAGCAGGCACCCCGUUCCUCCCGCAAUAAAGGCUUCUCAAUCUGCA